AUGGACCAGCGGCGUAACACUCAGGUACGUCCCUCCCCAGCCCUCCGUGCGGCGCGGCCCCUCCCGCGCCCUCUCCCGCCCUCUCCAGCCCUCCCCCGCCCUCCCCCGCCCUCCCUCGCGGACGCCACCAUCGCCUGCCCUCGCCCCUCGCGCUGCUCCCGCCCCCGUGGUGCGCCACACUCCCUUCCCCCCACUGCGCCCUGCCGACCACAUGACGUGACACGUCAACGCACCUCAUCGUCGCCGCACCCCCUCCUGGCCGCACCCCCUCCUGGCCGCACCCCCUUGUCAUCACACCACACCCCACCCUUGCGGCCGCACACAGUGCAGCACGUGUCCAGGGGGGCGGGGCGGAGGGCACAACUCGUGAGAUUUCUUGAUAGCAGCGACGAGCGCCCCUUGAACCGCGGAGAGGCCGUUGGGCAGGCGAGGGUAGCUGAGGAGCGGCCCCUGUAG